CUGUAGUUGAAGCAGAGAACACUGAUUCCUGAAAAUGGUUUCUUUCAAUCCUGCAUGAUGAUCUUGGUUCUGUGGCUGCCAAUGGGUGGAACUUCAUGUCUGACCAGCAGAAGGGUUUGGCUAAGGCAUUGCAUGAGGUAAUGCCACAAGCCCAUCAUAGGAAUUGUGUCUUACAUAUAUGGAAAAAUUUCAUCAAGCACUUUAAGGACAAGCACACAAAAGGGCUAGUUUGGAAGGCUGCUAAGAGCACAACAAUGAGGGAAUUCAAAGACUCAAUGGAACUUGUGAAGAAGGUGAACACAGCUGCUUGGGAGUAUCUAUGGAAGUUUGAUCCUGGUUCAUGGACGAAGGCUUACUUUAGCCAUGGCCCGAAGUGUGACAACAUCACCAAUAACAUGUGUGAAGUUUGGAAUGCCAAGAUCGUGGAGUAUAGAGAGAAACCGAUUUUAACUAUGUGCGAGGAGCUUCGAAGUUACAUUAUGCGAAAGAUGGCAGGGCACAAGCACAGAAUUAGCAAAUGCAAGGGUAAAUUGGCUCCAGUUCAACAACUAAGGCUGGAUGAGUACAUCAUUCCUGAGAGCAAUAAGUGGACAGCAGAGUGGGCUGGGGAUGAGGCAAGGGUAUUGUUUGAAGUUCAGAGGUACCAGACCAGAGUGGCUGUUAAUUUGCAAAGACAUACAUGUGCUUGCAACGUUUGGCAACUAACAGGGUUGCCUUGCAAGCAUGCAGUAGCUGCUAUCUCAAGGUUAAGGAAACAAGGGCUGAGGCCAGAGGAUUUUGCACAUAAAUGGCUUACAAUGGAAGCUGUUCGGGUUACUUAUGGGGACUCCAUUAAACCAGUGAAUUCUGAGGAGUUUUGGGAAGAAACAAACAGGCUGCGUCCAGAGGCACCAAUCAUUAGGAGACCCCCAGGGAGACCAACUAAAAAAAGGGCUGUUGAUGUGGUGGCUGAGUCACAAAUGCAGCAGCAAGGUCACAAGGUGAGGAAGUCUUUCCAAGUCACGUGCAGUAAAUGUGGGCAAAAGGGACACUACCACAUGACUUGCAAAGGAGCUCCUGCAAAUCCGAAUUGGCAGCCAAAACGAAAGAAGGCAAAGCAACAACAAACUGGAAACCAAUCAUCACAGCCACCUCCAGAUCGGCAGGAAGCACAGGCCGGGGACGGAGUUGGAACCAAUGUUCCCCAAAAUGUUACUGCCACAUCUAUUGAUCCAGUGGGUAAAGCAAAAAGGCAAAAGAAAAAAGUCCCAAAGACCUCUAACACUCACUCAGUCCAACAAGAGACAAGGGUUGACACUCAAUCUUCACAAUCUGCCCCACUACCAGUAGAGGGUAUGAGCUUCAACACUGAGCCCUCAAUCCCUGCUACCCCAACUACACUCAACCACGGGCCAAAUUUCAGACCCAAGCAACCAAUAACUAGACCUCUAGCACCUACAGUUCACCACCCUCAACAGCAGGCCACAGCCCCAACAAUUCAGCCACCUCUACAGCAAGCAACAACCCCAAACUCACAACCAUCAACUCAGCAACAAGUUCCACCUGAAGGAGCACCUGACUCAGGGAUUGCCACAACUCCCUUCAUGUUUAUCCCCACACCAGGCCUAAAUGCACCCCACAAAUUCAAGCCAACAUAUGGGUUUAGGCCACCAAGGAUUCAGAAAUGA